AUGGAAGAUGUUAACUCAUUCACAAACUACCUGAGGAUGCCUCCAGAUCUCUUCAACGAGAUCCUGGAAAGAGUUACACCAUACAUACAGAGACGAGACACUAGGUUCCGCGCAGCCCUACCACCUGGUCUGAAGCUGACCAGUAAAGCAGCCAUAUGCCAUAUGGUGCCAGAGGUGUGUAAGGCCAUAGUGGCAGCCUACAAGGAUGAAGCAUUCGCCGUGCCUGUGACGCCUAAUGAGUGGAGAGCCCUCGCCCGUGAUUUUGAAGACAAGUGGAAUGUUCCUCAUGCAGUGGCAGCUCUAGACGGAAAACAUAUUGCUAUUAGCAAGCCACCAAACACAGGCUCCAUGUACCACAAUUACAAAGGGUUUUUCAGUAUCCCUCUCCUCGCCUUGGUGGAUGCCCAGUAUCGUUUCAUAUGGAUCGAAGUACAGUGA